AUGAUGCUCAACUCAUGCUCCUUUGGCGUCUUCCAGACCUACUACACCAACCAUCUUCCCAAUCCCGCAAGCCAGAUCAUCUGGAUCGGCUCCGUCCAGAUUGCCGCCUUGUUCUUCAUUGGUACCUUUGCCGGUCGUUUGACCGAUGCCGGAUACUUUCGCGCUACCUUUGCUGCAGGUUCCGUCUUGACCCUCCUCGGAGUCUUCAUGACUUCCCUCAGCGACACAUUCUGGCAACUUCUCCUCGCGCAAGGACUUUGCACCGGCCUGGGCAACGGUCUGAUGUUCACCCCUAGUCUGGCUGUCGUUUCGACAUACUUCAAGAGACGACGCGCAUUGGCUUUUGGCAUUGUCUCUACAGGAAGCCCCGUGGGCGGACUCAUCUUUCCUUCAAUGGCAAGACAGCUUCUCGGCAGGAUUGGGUUUGCUUGGACGGUCAGGGCGAUAGGCUUGGUGCAGCUGGUAACCUUGAUCAUGGCGAACUUGCUCCUCCGUCCAAGGCUACCACCAAGAAAGGCUGGUCCUUGGGUUGACUUUGCCUCCUUCAAAGAAAAGGGGUACCUGUUUUUCGCAAUUGGCAUCUUCUUUGUAUUCUGGGGCACAUUCUUUCCUUUUUACUAUAUGGCCUCCUUUGCAACAUCGCAACUGGACAAGCCCCUGGCAUAUUCGGAUGCGCUGAAUCUUUUACUUGUCGUCAACGGCGUGGGAGUCAUCGGGCGAUCGCUUCCCAACGCCAUCGCACAUCACUUUGGAAGCAUUACUUGCAUUAUACCCGCCUCGUUUAUCUCUGCUGUCUGCCUCUUUUCAUGGACUGGGGUAUCCACGGUCGGAGGGCUGUACGCUUGGGCUAGUGUCUACGGCCUGCUUGCUGGUGCUUGGCGUCCGGAUGGGUAUGAUAUGCACAACUAA